GUCUUCAAAAUGGAUGCCACACACAUACACUGGCUGAGCGCACAGAGAGGAAGGGAAACUGAUCCUCUCUUGGAGAAAUAUUUGGAGCUGCGUCGUACACAUCUGAUAAAAGGCAGACGGCCUGUGUGUGUCUGUAUCAUGUUCUCAGGGAGUGAGGCACUUGAUGUUCUGAAGACAUUUAGCAACCAUGAGGAGCAGUUCUCUCUGCAUUGCAGCAUUGUGGCUGAGGAGAGCGGGGAGAAGAGAGCCUGUGUGGCACACUGAGGCCGAGCACCCAAUCAGGCACCUCCGAGUGGUGCUGGAGCCAAUCGGCAGUCUGCAGUUGAGGUUAAAGAUUGACAAUUGUAAGAGAGAGCAGCAGGGAGAGAAGGCCUUCUGGGAAACCUGGAUCCAUCUUUUCCAUCAACCCCCAACGCCCACAAUAAUUGAAAAAGAUUAAAGAAUAGGCUGAAGAAUCUAUAUGUGAGUAAGGACAAAGUGUGGCAGAGGAAGAAGGAAAAGAAACGGCAACAAAGGAAAUGGAGAUCUCAACACGAUCCAAAGUUUCAGAAACAGGGUCAGCGGAGCGGACGGCCCAAAAACGAAAGAUGCCAAGUCCCUCUCACUCAUCCAAUGGUCACUCCUCUGCUGAAACGUCUCCCUCUCCAACGAAAAAGAAGAGGAAACCAGGUGCUGUCAGCAGUAGCAAAGACCAGUCAGAACUAAGACAUGGUCCCUUUUACUAUGUGAAGCAGCCAGCACUCACCACAGACCCUGUUGAUGUUGUACCGCAGGACGGAAGGAAUGACUUCUACUGCUGGCUGUGCCACCGCGAGGGUCAGGUGCUCUGCUGUGAGCUCUGCCCGAGGGUGUACCACGCCAAGUGCCUCAAACUACCAGCCGAGCCCGAGGGCGACUGGUUCUGUCCGGAGUGUGAGAAAAUAACUGUUGCCGAGUGCAUAGAGACUCAGAGCAAAGCCAUGAUGAUGCUAACUAUAGACCAGCUGUCUUACCUUCUAAAGUUUGCCCUUCAGAAGAUGAAACAACCAGGUGAUCAUCCCCGCUUGUCAUCUCGCUCCCCCCAUGCAGCUUCCACGCAGAGAAAGACUUUUAAUUGGACUGAACCCUUCCAGAAACCUGUCUCUCUGGAACAGCAUCCAGAUUAUGCAGAGUACAUUUUCCAUGCGAUGGAUCUUUGCACACUUGAGAAGAAUAUCAAAAAGAAAAUGUAUGGCUGCACUGAGGCCUUCCUGGCUGAUGCAAAAUGGAUUUUGCACAACUGUAUAAUAUAUAACGGAGGCAAUCACAAACUCACAGCUACAGCUAAGGUUAUUGUCAAAAUCUGUGAACAUGAGAUGAACGAGAUUGAAGUUUGUCCUGAGUGUUAUCUGUCUGCUUGCCAGAAGAGAGACAACUGGUUUUGUGAGCCUUGCAGUAACCCUCACCCUCUUGUGUGGGCCAAACUGAAAGGAUUUCCAUUCUGGCCCGCUAAAGCUCUGCGAGACAAAGAUGGACAGGUGGAUGCUCGUUUCUUCGGUCAACAUGACAGGGCAUGGGUUCCCUUAAACAACUGCUACCUUAUGUCAAAAGAGAUUCCAUUCUCUGUGAAGAAGACCAAAAGCAUCUUCAACAGUGCCAUGCAAGAGAUGGAGGUCUAUGUGGAGAACAUGAGGAAGAAGUAUGGCGUGUUUAACUACGCCCCCUUCAGGACACCCUACACCCCCGACAACAACUUCCAGAUGCUGCUGGGUUCCUCCAACCCCUCGUCCACUCCAGCCAAACCUGAGAAACAGGAGAAAAUCAAGCUGAGUUUUGAUAUGACAGCUUCACCCAAGAUUCCUGUGGCAAGGACCAUGUUGCCUGGGACUGGGGUUGGAGUGGGAGGUGGAACUGUUAGUUGUCGGCUUCCUCUCAGUGACAUGCCUCGCUCCCCCAUGAGCACUAACUCCUCUGCCCACACUGGGUCAGAUGGAGAGCAGGAGACAGCGGACAAGGCACAGGCAAAAACCCCCAACAGUCAGCACAGUGCAGGAGAAGAGUCCAUGGACUGUACAGCAUCACCUGUCCAUUCUCACCUUGGUCCUGCAGGCAGUUCAUUGGACAGCCCCAAACCAUUCCAUGCUCAAGCUCCAACCAUCCCCAAGAAGGAGAAGACACCACAGACAGGAAGCAUUCUGAACCUCAAUUUAGAUAGGAGCAAAGCCGAAAUGGACCUAAAAGAGCUUAGUGAAACAGUUCAGCAGAAACAAGGAACCACGCCAGUCCUCACAUCUCCAAAAAGACAGAUUAAGAGCCGUUUUCAGCUGAAUUUGGACAAAACCAUUGAAAGUUGCAAAGCACAGCUGGGUAUAGAUGAGAUCUCUGUGGAUGUGUACAAAGGUGUGGAACAAAGUGACUCCGAUGAGUCUGAUAAAUCCGACUCGAGUGACAGUGAGUAUGCCAGUGAUGACGAGCAAAAGACCAAGGAUGGCCAGGACGCAGCCUCCAAGGAGGACACCCCCAAAAGUAAAGUCAAAGAGCAGUCUUCCUCAAGCAAAGAUAAGGAGGGUAAAACUGACACGCUCGUGGCAUCCAAGUGUGACGACACUAUGACAACAACAACAUCAGAUGCUCCGGCUCAAGAGAAAAUAAGCAUGGAUUCAGAAAAAGAGAGUCCAGAGAAGACCAAAGCACUUCAAACAUUACCUCAUCCUGAGGAGAAGAUGCAGUUGAGAGAAGAGUCAAUGCAGCCUGUGCCCGUGGAUGAUUCUGACUCGGAGAGGGAGCUGGUUAUUGACCUAGGAGAGGAACAAGGACGCAAAGACAGGAAGAGGAGCAGGAAAGACACCACCACUGUGAAAGAGGCACCUGCAGGCAAAGCCCUGACCCCUUCUCAAAACAGUACUGCACUCUCCAUCCCCUCUACUGUUUCCACACAGUCCCCAAUGGCCAUUUCUGUCACCAUGGUCCCCUUCACAGCUCCCUCUCCUGCAACCAUAAGCCUUGCAGCCAUGUCCAGUGCCACAGCUUCUCCCCCUUCUUCCUCCUCCUCCUCCUCUUCAGCCUCUACCACCCCAGCGUUGAAGAAACAGCGUCCUCUGCUGCCGAGGGAGACCGUGCCAGUGGUGCAGAGAGCUGUGGUGUGGAAUCCCACUGCCAAGUUUCAGACAUCCUCACAAAAGUGGCACAUGCAGAAGGUGCAACAACAAAACCAACAACUUGUGGCAAGCACCCAAAGUCAGGUGACAUCACCCAGGCAAAGCCAGGGACAAGUGCUGAGCCAGACACAGGCUGGGAACGCCUCAACAGCCGUGUCCUCAUCUUCAGCACAAAGCACACGCUAUCAGACCAGACAGGCUGCCAAAGCUGUUCAACAAAAAGACACUCUCAGCACAAACACAUCUGCUGUCACCCUGGUAUCCAGUAGUCCAGCUUCUGUUGCCAUGGUGGCAGCAUCAAGUCUGAGCACAGCUGCUUCAUCAUCGCCAGUGGCGACAGACCAGUAUAUCCCCACCGUCUCUGCAGAUGUGGCUGCAGACAUUGCCAAGUACACAAAUAAGAUAGUGGAUGCGAUCAAAGGUACAAUGACCGAAAUCUACAAUGACCUUUCUAAGAGCACUUCAGGAAACACAAUAGCAGAGAUAAGACGAUUGAGAAUUGAAAUAGAAAAACUACAGUGGCUGCAUCAACAAGAGUUGUCCGAGAUGAAGCACAAUCUCGAGCUGACAAUGGCAGAGAUGAGGCAGAGUCUGGAGCAGGAGAGAGAGAGGUUGGUAACUGAGGUGAAGAAACAGAUGGAGCUGGAGAAGCAACAAGCAGUGGAUGAGACAAAGAAGAAACAGUGGUGUGCAAGCUGCAGGAAAGAAGCCAUCUUCUACUGUUGCUGGAACACCAGCUAUUGUGAUUACCCCUGUCAGCAAGCUCACUGGCCUGAACACAUGAAGUCCUGCACUCAGUCAGCCACAGCUCCACAGCAGGAACCUGAGGCUGAGUCGACAUCAGACCUGCCAAACAAAGGGUUAGGGCAGACUAACAGUGGCCCAAACCCUCUCAGAGACAUGCCCGUCUCUGCACCUUCAGAUAAAGACUGCGACUUGGAAAAAUGUGCUGACAGUGUCUCUGUCACUUUGUCAUAACCCACUUCGCCAUACUUGAAAAUGUAAAUGCAUAUGUUUUGGGGGGGUUUUCACUACACGGAUAUGUACAAGUACAUCGUUCUGUUCAAGUGGUUGUUAAAGGAGUAAUCUAAAGUAUUUUUAUUUAUACAUUUGUCUGCCUUUCAGGGCUCACACACUGACCCCACCUCUAUGAUCUUUGAAAAAAAAAUGUAGAAACAGGACUAGCGGCAGAGUUAAUAACCAGUAGAGGGGGCAGUUUAAAAUAUACACUGCAUAUGAAUGCACUUUGUUGCAGACUACAGACAGCUGUCAGUAUCUAUCAGAGCAUGCUUGAGUGUCACCAAACAUACACACAGUGUAAAGGACAACAAUAUAACCAUUUAAAACUGCAAAAAUGUAACCUAUGUUUAAGGACCACUUCAGUUUUAGAGUAGAUGACUGUUGACAGAAAUGUCUGUACCUUUAAUUUUGUGUUCUAUAAUAAUUUAUUUGUUAUUCUAUUGUUGCCUGCUGUAUAUUGCAAAGAAAAAUAUAAAAAAUAUUUAAAUGAG